CAUUAUUUCCAUACUCAGAUCUCUGUCCUUCAGUCUCUCUGUACCGGCUCGUGGACAUCACCUCUCGUCCUCAUACCUCCUCUCCUCAUCUCUCCAUGGCUCAGUGAAUGAGACAUGCUCGCUUUUGCUUUAGUUGCUGGCUCUGUCUGGGUUGUACUAGAGCUCAGUUCCACUCUUAUGGAGAAAAUGCAGUCACAGGAUUCACUGCUGGGUCUUCAGUUGCCAGAACUGGACGAGCUGAGUCACUUCAUAAGAUCUCUUCCCACUUCUGCGCUGGUCGGCCUGGGUGCCAUCACUGCCGUUCUAGCCUACUGGUUCACAACUCGUCCUCGUGCCAUUACUCCACCCUGUGACCUCCGUCAUCAGUCACAGGAAGUCGAGGAAGAUGGAGCUCGCAGGUCCAUGAUGGGUAGCAGCUCAACGCUGUUGCCUUACUACCAUGAAGAUGCCAAGACAAUGUAUGAGGUCUUUCAGCGAGGGCUACACAUAACUGGUGAUGGACCAUUUUUAGGCUCCAGACUCCCCAGUCAGCCCUAUAAAUGGCUGUCUUACAAAGAGGUCUUCAGCAGGGCGGAGCACCUGGGUUCUGGUUUGUUGUCUCAGGGUUGUCAGCCCAAUACUGAGCAGUUCAUUGGUGUGUUUGCACAAAACAGGCCAGAGUGGAUCAUAUCAGAGCUAGCAUGCUACUCGUAUUCAAUGGUGGUGGUGCCACUUUAUGAUACUCUAGGACCCGAUGCUAUACAAUACAUCAUUAAUACAGCUGAAAUUGCCACGGUGAUCUGUGACAAAGCUGACAAAGCCACAGUGCUUUUGGAAAAUGUUGAGAGAGGAGAAACGGCAGGUCUUAAGACAAUAAUCCUAAUGGAUGCUUUUGACCUCCAGCUCGUGGAGAAAGGACAGAGGUGUGGAGUUCAUAUCCAGGCCCUUAAAGAUCUUGAGGCUGUGGGUAAAGAGAAGUACAGGAAACCUGUGCCUCCUGCACCGGAUGAUCUUUCCAUCGUGUGCUUUACCAGCGGCACCACAGGAAAUCCGAAGGGAGUGAUGCUGACCCACGGGAACGUCGUCGCCGACUUUGCUGGCUUUUUGAAAGUGACGGAUAAAGUCAUCUUUCCGAACCAAGACGACGUUCUCAUUUCCUUCCUGCCUUUGGCUCACAUGUUCGAGAGGUUGAUCGAGUCAGUAGUCAUCUGCCAUGGUGGGAGGAUCGGUUUUUUCCAGGGGGAUAUCCGUCUUCUUCCUGAUGAUAUGCAGGCUCUCAGACCCACUAUUUUCCCUGUCGUGCCUCGUCUCCUGAACCGCAUGUAUGAUAAGAUCUUCAGUCAGGCAAACAACUCUGUGAAACGCUGGCUGCUAAACUUCGCCGCCAAGAGAAAAGGAGCCGAGGUGAGCCGUGGUGUCAUCCGCAGCGACAGUAUAUGGGACAAGAUCUUCUUCCAUAAGAUCCAGGCCAGUCUGGGUGGCAGGUUACGUAUGAUCAUUACAGGGGCGGCCCCGGCCUCUCCGACUGUCCUGGGUUUCCUGAGAGCUGCUCUUGGCUGUCAGGUCUAUGAGGCAUACGGUCAGACAGAAUGCACAGCUGGAUGCACCUUUACCACCCCUGGGGAUUGGACAUCUGGUCACGUUGGAGCACCACUGCCAUGUAAUCUCAUUAAACUGGUGGACGUGGCCGAGAAGAACUACUUUGCUGCUAAAGGAGAGGGAGAGAUUUGUGUGAAAGGUCCAAACGUCUUCAAGGGUUAUUUGAAAGACCCAGAGAAGACCGCCGAGACCCUGGACGCAGAUGGGUGGCUUCACACAGGAGAUAUUGGAAAGUGGUUACCAAAUGGCACAUUGAGCAUCAUUGACAGAAAGAAGCACAUCUUUAAAUUAGCUCAAGGUGAAUAUAUUUCUCCAGAGAAAAUCGAAAACAUCUACAUCCGAAGUGAACCUGUGUCUCAGCUCUACGUCCAUGGUGACAGUCUGCAGUCGUGUCUGGUUGGAAUUGUCGUACCUGAUAUAGAGGUUUUACCCUCAUGGGCUCAGAAAAAAGGCUUUGGGGGCUGCUUUGAAGAACUGUGUGAAAAUCAAGGAAUAAAGCAAGCGAUCUUAGAUGAUAUGGUGCGUUUGGGAAAAACCAGUGGCCUCCAUUCAUUUGAGCAGGUUAAAGACAUACACAUUCAUAAAGAAAUGUUCUCCAUACAAAACGGAUUGCUGACCCCAACUUUAAAGGCCAAAAGACCGGAGCUGAAGGAAUAUUUCAAGACAGAAAUCGAACAACUGUACAGCAACAUUUCCAUGUAACUGUACUGUCACCAGAAGACAAGGACGUUUUACUGACAUUCAUUACCUUUUUGUUCUUCUUCAUUCAGAAAAUUAGCUGGCACAAAAUACUGAAAACGGGCCACUGGCGUCAGGGCAAAGCAUGAGCUUACUGGCUAAAAGAGUCAUUAAGAGUAAAUCUUCCUUUGGCUGUGAAUGUCAACAGUCGGUGCGCCUUUAGAAAUGUGGCAGCGCUACAACCAAAUUAGUCCUCCUCAUGAGACUGAAGCAGUUCGAGCAUGCGUGCUUCAUUGUUUUCUUUUUCACUGGACCAAGGAGGGCAAAAUUAUUUCACCCCUUGACAGUACAUGUUGGGUUUGUUCACGGGUUCAAAGGGAAUUUGGAUAGCAAACCCAGCACAUUUUGAGCUAAAAGCAAUGCAUGAUGUAUACCCAGCAUUUCACGAGGCUGUGUCUCACAGGCUCGUUCUCCAGGACAUCGGUAGACCCUUACACACACAAACACACACACUAUAGUUACGUUAUAAUGCUCUGUGUAGUAAAGGUGUCUACGAAUGUGGCUCACGUGAUCCAAAAGUGAGCAUGCCAUACGAUUUUCGGCUGACAAAUAAACUAGCUUUUCCGUUCCAUUUCAUCCAAAGUAUUUCAAUAGUAGUGUACAUUCUGAAGAACAAUAGACGUGGAAAUAUUUAAGCAAUGGUUUGCAGUGUAGAAAACCCAAUAACUUUAAAACUGUUAUUGAAUGAUAUCAGAACUUUAUCUUUGUAUUUAUUGAAGGGAUAUGGUUGAAAAUAGAUCUGCAGAGAAUUUAAUUUAUUCAUUUUAAUCGUUUCAGAUUCCAUAAAGCACAUUCCGGCCUUUUCCACCUUCCGGUUUGGUUUAUAUUGAAGUAUUGGACUUUAUUGUAAUAUUUACUUGCAGAUUAUAAAACUUGACAGAUAAUUGGUUGAGCUAUCAGGUAUAUUCCGGUAUUAAUUUAUUGUAAUAAAAGAUUAUUUUAAACUCCAUUUAGAUGCUCAAGCUCCAGUUUUUCCUCACAAUUUUGACCAACAUUUUAUGUUUUGGUUAUUUAAAUGUUUACUUGCAUCUUUUCCUUAAGUCUUUCAUGUGCAUGUACAUCUCUGCAUAUUCACAAAGAUAGUGAUGAGUGUGUGCAAAACUGUAAAAAUAAAGGAUUCUUUGUAAAUCUU